UCCAGCUUGGGAAACUGGAGAUGAUCACGGGGAGAUGGGUGAAUCAGACACACAUUGUUCAGGAAGAGUUUGACUGCUGUGGAAGCAAACUCACCUGCCCAACUCCAAACCAACACGAGCAGCUGCAGUUUGGGUGAGAUGGUGGGGACUGCGGGGUGUCUCCUGGCUCUGCUGGCGGCUCUGCUGGCCUGGCAGCUCCUCAGGCUGCAGCGGCUGCGCUGCCGCCUGCCCCCCGGGCCAGCUCCUCUCCCCGUCGUCGGGAAUCUGUGGCUGCUGCGCUUCAAACUUCGUCGAGAAACUCUCACUAAGUUAACCAGCAUCUACGGAAACAUCUACACGUUGUGGAUGGGACAGACGCCCCUGGUUGUACUGAACGGAUACCGGGCAGUAAGAGACGGCAUCGUCACCCACGCGGAGGAAGUUUCUGGAAGACCCCUUACCCCGUUCUACAGGGAUAUGAUGGGCGAGAAAGGUAUUUUUCUGACAAGCGGGCACACCUGGAGGCAGCAGAGACGCUUUGCUAUGAGGGUUUUAAGAAGCCUGGCGCUCGGGCAGAACAAUUUGGAGCAUCGAAUUCAAACAGAGGCCGGUCACCUUGUGGACGCCUUUGCAAACACUAAAGGUAAACCUUUCGACCCCCACGCCUGCAUUGUCCACGCUAUCGCAAAUAUAAUUUGUGCUGUUGUUUUCGGUCAUCGCUUCUCCAGCGAGGACGAAUCUUUCGUCAGGCUUAUCAAAGCUGUUCACGUCGUGAUCUACUUUCAAGCGACUAUCUGGGGCAGGAUGUACGAUGCUUUCCCGUGGCUCAUGCGCCGGCUCCCAGGACCUCAUCAGGAGGUGUUUGCACACAACGACUUCAUGCACAAUUUAGUUAGGAAGGAGGUCCAGACUCAUGAGAGACGUAAGGCAGAUGAUCCACAGGAUCUCAUUGACUUCUACCUAGCUCAAAUAACAGAAACCAAAGAUGACCCUACUUCUACAUUUAAUAAAGACAAUAUGGUCCAGACUGUGGUUGAUCUUUUGCUGGGAGGGACAGAAACAACAAGCACCACGCUCCUCUGGGCACUGCUCUAUAUGGUACAAUACCCAGAAAUACAAGAAAAGGUCCACAGAGAGAUAGAGGCUGUUCUGGAACCCUCCCAUCCCAUCAGCUACGCAGACCGUAAAAAGCUGCCCUAUACAAACGCUGUGAUUCAUGAGGCUUUGCGCUACAGCAACGUCACUUCUGUUGGGGUCCCUCGACAAUGCGUGAGGAAUGCAACUUUGCUGGGUUUUCACAUUAAAAAGGGCACGCUUGUUCUGCCCAACCUGCACUCUGUGGUGUGUGACUCUGAGCACUGGGCCACCCCCGGGAAGUUCAACCCGAAUCAUUUCCUGGAUCUAGACGGCAACUUUGUGAACAAAGAGGCGUUCUUACCUUUCUCUGCAGGCCACCGCGUGUGUCUGGGGGAGCAGAUGGCGCGGGUCGAACUGUUCAUCUUCUUUACCAACCUGCUUCGGGCAUUCACGUUCCAGCUCCCCGAAGGAGCGAAGGAAAUCGGUCUGGAUUAUGUUUUGGGUGCAAUACUGCAGCCACAUCCAUAUCAACUCUGUGCUGUGCCACGCCAGUCUGCAACUCACUGCAGGGCAGGGGGGCUUUGACUAGUCAGUAAUUGCAGAUAUUUGAAAAACACGUAUCACUGUCUUAAUUGCAUUCAAAUAUAGGUAGCUCAGUGUAGCAAAUUAACGUAGCGUGCUUUGAUUUAGGAGGUCUGACCUCAUACAGUUGAGCUUUUUAAAAUUAAAAUAGGUGUCCUUGCAAAAGCUCAUAUCAUCACAUCUUAGGCACAUACAUAAUAAUAUGUUCCAUAUUUUCACACUCAGAGGAUUUAGGAUUUUAGAGAAGUAAUCUGUAUCAAGCAAAAGUUUCCUGCAUAUUCGCUCGGUCAGGUAUCACACUCUUCAAAUGGCACAACUGUUCCAAAGUCCAAAUUAAAGUCCAAAUUAAAAAAAUUCCUCUGUGUUCACAGAAGGUCUUUUCUUACAUCCUUUGGAGAAGGUACCAAGGUAUAUGCAGUUUUAACUCCUAUUCCUUUCACAGUCCCUUGAAGAAUUAUAUAUUGCAGUACAGACUUUUACACAUGCAUUAAUUAUUACAUAAUGAGGCCUCUUAUAGUCCAUUUAGAAAUCCUGACACCUUUUUUCUUUACUCCCUCCCUAUCUGUUCCUGUUUUAUCACAACUCUUGGACCCAGGUGCUUUCACAAACCUUUCCUUUUUCUGCUUUGAAGCAUCAUUAUAAUAAUCAAAUAAUUUCCUAUUUGAAGGGAAAGGAACAGCCUUUCAAGAAAAGUAGAAAAUAAAUGAAUAUGCCAACAUUUGUUAAAACAGGCACAAUACAGAUUUAUCACUCAGUGUUU